GCCGGCCGCUCCGGGCUCCAGGGGCCGAGGCUCUGCGGGGUGGGGGGAGGACAGAGGGGAGAGGAGGGAGGGGGACCCCCGAGUCGCCCCCUCCUCCCCCCGCCCCCCGGCUCCAUCCUCCGCCACCGCGCGAGCAGCUGCGGGGCCGCCGCCGCCGCCUUUGCAGGCUGACUCAUCACUAGAGAGCGGGAAGGGCAGCAGCAGAGAAUUCAAACCCUAAAGCUGAUUUCUCCUCGCUGGGGCUCAGAGGGGAGCCAUCAUGAGCGAUGUUACCAUUGUGAAAGAAGGUUGGGUUCAGAAGAGGGGAGAAUAUAUAAAAAACUGGAGGCCACGCUAUUUUCUUUUGAAGACAGACGGCUCAUUCAUAGGAUAUAAAGAAAAACCUCAGGAUGUAGACUUACCUUACCCCCUCAACAACUUCUCAGUGGCAAAAUGCCAGUUAAUGAAAACAGAAAGACCAAAGCCAAAUACAUUUAUAAUCAGAUGUCUACAGUGGACCACAGUUAUAGAGAGAACAUUCCAUGUUGAUACUCCAGAGGAAAGGGAAGAAUGGACAGAAGCUAUCCAGGCUGUGGCAGACAGACUACAGAGGCAAGAAGAGGAGAGAAUGAAUUGUAGUCCAACUUCCCAGAUUGACAAUAUAGGAGAGGAAGAGAUGGAUGCUUCUACAACCCACCACAAAAGAAAGACAAUGAAUGAUUUUGACUAUUUGAAACUACUAGGUAAAGGCACUUUUGGGAAAGUAAUUUUGGUUCGUGAGAAGGCAAGUGGCAAAUAUUAUGCUAUGAAGAUCCUGAAGAAAGAGGUCAUCAUUGCAAAGGAUGAAGUGGCACACACUCUAACUGAAAGCAGAGUAUUAAAGAACACCAGGCAUCCAUUUUUAACCUCCUUGAAAUAUUCCUUCCAGACAAAAGACCGUUUGUGUUUUGUGAUGGAAUAUGUUAAUGGGGGAGAGCUGUUUUUCCAUUUGUCGAGAGAGCGAGUGUUCUCUGAGGACCGCACACGUUUCUAUGGUGCAGAAAUUGUCUCUGCCUUGGACUAUCUACAUUCUGGAAAGAUUGUGUAUCGCGAUCUCAAGUUGGAGAAUUUGAUGCUGGAUAAAGAUGGUCAUAUAAAAAUUACAGACUUUGGACUUUGCAAAGAAGGGAUCACAGAUGCAGCCACCAUGAAGACAUUCUGUGGCACCCCAGAGUACCUGGCACCAGAGGUGUUGGAAGAUAAUGACUAUGGCCGAGCUGUGGACUGGUGGGGCCUUGGUGUUGUCAUGUAUGAAAUGAUGUGUGGAAGGUUACCCUUCUACAACCAGGAUCAUGAGAAACUUUUUGAACUAAUACUUAUGGAAGACAUAAAAUUUCCUCGAACACUCUCUUCAGAUGCAAAAUCAUUGCUUUCAGGGCUCUUGAUAAAGGAUCCAAAUAAACGCCUCGGCGGAGGGCCAGAUGAUGCGAAAGAAAUCAUGAGACACAGUUUUUUUUCCGGAGUAAACUGGCAGGAUGUGUAUGACAAAAAGCUCGUGCCUCCUUUUAAGCCUCAAGUAACCUCUGAGACGGACACCAGGUGUUUCGACGAGGAGUUUACAGCACAGACCAUCACCAUAACGCCGCCUGAGAGAUAUGACGAGGACGGCAUGGACGGCGUGGACAACGAGCGGCGGCCACACUUCCCGCAGUUCUCCUACUCGGCCAGCGGCCGGGAAUAGGCCUCCUCCAUCCUGCUGCUUCCCCGUCACCCUCGGUUUCUUACUGGACACAAUCCUGGACCUGUCGCCAGUCUCGCCGUUCCGGACAGCGGGGCGGCGCCACCCGCCCGCCCAGGUCUCCACCGCGCCACCGUCGCCCCGUGAACACGCGCACACACGCACACGCACACUCUCCAGGUUUUGUUUUUGCAUGAAAUUGUAUUUCAGUCCAAGGUCUCAUGCUGUUGCUGCUACUGUCUCACUAUGAUAGCAACUUCGAGAAGUAAGUUCCGUCUUCGGGAGUCAUGAGCCGCCCUCGUUCAUUCGUGCACCGGUUCUCGUUCGGUCUCGGAGUUUUCGCGUCUCCCUGCGGUGAAGGCUCCACGAGACGCACUGAUUCUAGGUACACUUUUUAACUUUCUAGAAGAUAAAUUAACUAAUUAGACGACGAAGAUGUAGUUCAUAUUUCAAAGCAGCCGUUGUGGAAGGACGGUGAGCGCGGGUGCCCGCGUUGAGCCCACUCGCCCGAUCGGGCGGGGCGCUCCUAAGAGCCUGCGGGGCCCGUGGCGGGGCCGUGCGAGGCCGGCUCGCGCGCCUCCGCCUCGUGCAGCUGACGUGGCCUCGGAAGGUGGGCGGCGCCGGCCCUGCCCUCACCGGGCCGCGUGCCGCGGUGACAGCGCCGGCCCUGCGCGCGUCCUCGGGAUGCCGACCCCUGCGCCCCGCUCCCGCUCCCGCUCCCGCUCCCGCUCCCGUCGGUAGUAUUUAUGUUAGUGAGGCCCCGGCGUGCGCCUGCCCAGCCGAGCGGAGGAGGCGGAGCGGCCUCACAAGGCCAAAAGCGGGAGGCAGCGCGGCGCCCGCGGCGCUUCUGGGACGCGCGGACGGGCGAGGCGGUCCCCACCUCACAGCCUUCGGUGCUAGGAGCCCUUUCCAAAGCCGACCGGAGUCGGAGCGGCCCGGCGGCCGUGGGCCGCGGGGGGUGGGAGGCUCCAGGACCACUGCUGGCGGUGGCGGCCGCGGCCGCGGGUCCAGGCCUUCCGCCGGUCACACGCCCGUCACCUUCGCUCGAGGUCCCGCGGCCCUUAGUCAUCUCCCUCCUUCCCGCUGCGGGACGUGGCUUCCUGCUGUUUCCCUCUCCCAAUCGCCGUGACUUCCCGGACCCUGGCCAAGGGCGGUCCUAAGGCCGCAGGGCGCCCCGGCUCCGGGUGUCACCAGGCCCGGCCAGCUCUCCGCGUCCGGCCUCGGAGGCGGGGCAGACACCGGGGUGUGGGGGCCGAGCCGAGCCCUGCUGGGAGGCGGGAGGCGGGCGGCCCCUGCGCCCUCACCCACUCCCCGCGGCCCAGUGUUGCUUCCAGGCCUCGCCCGCCGCGUCCCACAAGCCCAGCCCCCCUGCCUUGGGGCCGAGGAGCCGACCCCGCUCCCCGCUCCCGCCGUGCACCGCUCCCGCCGCCGUGCACCGCACCGCCCCGCACCGCCCGCGGGCGAGCAUGAAAUGUAAAGUAUUUAUUUUACGAAGGGCCCCGCGGAGUCGCCUCCCCAGCCCGGGCGCCUCUCGCGCGAGGUCCACGCGGUGGAGCCUCCGGCUGGGGCGACCCCGAGACACCCCCACUCCGCCGGCCUCUCCUCGGGGCCUGGGACCCGGGGCGUGCGCGGGCGACACGCACUGUUUGUACACGACACCCUGCCUUCGUCUCUGCACAGGGACGUGAGGUGCACUCUCCCCUUCGUACCGCAGCGUGAAUAAAGCACUAUGUCAA